AUGAGGAUAGUGGGACGCGGAGAGCUGAGAAAAUUCAUCAAGCCAAGAAUACCCAACAGUGACGAGCUAGAUAAGAUACAGUCCUCCCAAGAUGCCAUACAUGAGCUUGUCAAACCCGUGCUCAAGUAUGCUAUCUUUUCGCACCGGUGGUUGCGCGAGGGCGAACCCACUUUCCAGGAUAUCCGUCACGGAAGGGAGUGCGGCAGCGAUGGGUUUCAGAAGCUCUCGAGAUUCUGCGAAAAGGCAAGGGAACUUGGAUGCCGGCUGGCAUGGUCGGAUACCUGCUGCAUCGACAAGACGAACAGUACGGAGCUCGAUGAGGCCAUUCGCUCGAUGUUCAGGUGGUACCGUAACGCAAAUAUCUGCAUUGUGCACCUCGCAGACUCCUUGGAUGUGCAGCAGAUGAAGAAUGACGUUUGGUUUACGAGAGGGUGGACUUUACAGGAACUCCUCGCGUCCCUUUCGAUUAAAUUCUUUAACAAGGAUUGGGAACCUCUGUGCCAUACGGGCCUAGCGAACGAAAAGCAUGACGUUCAACUCAUGAGCGACAUAUCAACAAUCACUAGUAUUCCAAUCAAAGACCUCCAGUACUUUUCCCCUGGGCCAACUCAAAUUCGUAAAAAGAUGUUAUGGGCGUCCAAACGCACGACAACCAGGGUGGAAGAUGCAGCGUACUCCCUCGUCGGGAUCUUCGACAUUUGCAUGCCGACUGCAUACGGAGAAGGAGAAUGGGCCUUCCAUCGUUUGAUGGAGGUCAUUAUCCAGAGAUGCGAUGAAUGGGAUAUUCUUGCGUGG